GAGACUGAUGACUACAGAUACUUUGAUCCCAAGAUGCUGCGCGGCAGUGAGAGGUAAGACUCCAAGAGCUCCAAGGAUAGCAGUUAGUUAAGGCCUCUAAAUAGUAACAUGCAUUUUCUGUGUCUAAACACUCCUGUUCUCCCAACAGCUCAACCCCAAGGAACAAGAACCCAUUUCAAGAGGUGAGUCCUGCCAUGGUCAGCAGACAGACAGAGACACACACAAACAGGGCCUCCACUAAAUCCAGUAACUGCUGUGUGUUGUCCUGGAGCCUAGCUUGGCCUGACUGUGUGACGGGGGGAGCACUAAUCUGUGUGUAUAAUGAACCUAGCAGCCUGAACCUGUCAGUGAGAUCUCUCCUUCUGUUUCAGGCUAUCGUCUUUGUGGUCGGAGGAGGAAACUACAUAGAAUAUCAAAACCUGGUGGACUACACAAAGGUAAACUAUUACUCAAAAUUGUGUUAGUUUUUAGUUUUAUUAAAACGUCUACAUGUAACAUUGUGACAAAGUUUUUAUUGUAUUUUGUGAAACAUCUUCAUAUUUUCAGUUGAGUUUUUAUUGAACAAUGUGUAUUUUGUGGCAUCCUUUUAGGCAAAGCCAGGGAAGAGGGUGCUGUACGGAUGCAGUGAGCUCUUC